AUGAGCCGCUUUGCCUUGGCCGGUGCCGGAGUCUUCCUCCUUCUCGUGUCCGUGGCUGAGGCAGGCCGCACGACUGGGACGUCAAGCGGACGGUUGCCGCCAACGGCACGAACGAAUCCAGCAACAACAGUGAAGGCCCAAGCUGGCGGAGGAGAGGCGAUAUCGGUGGCGGAGACGCUGAGGGGUGGCGGCGGCAGGGGGGCCAGGCCACGGCCCGCUGCGGGGGGAAGGGGUGAUGUGCGGCAGCGGCCGGGUAGAGGAGGACGGGGAGGGGGGAGGCAAGUGAGAUGGGCGGAUGACGAGGACGACGACAGCUAUGAUGACGAUGAGAGCGACGGAUACGACUACUCCGAUGACGACGUCGACGAUCUGUCCGGGGAGGAGUUCUCGUACAGGGGAAGGCCUGCCGGGGAAGGGGGGGCGAGAGCAAGCGGGAGGGGGGGCAGCAGGAAGGGGCCGGCGGCGGUGGGAGCGGCGGCAGCGGCAAGGGCCAACAACGACGACGACUACCUCAGCGACGACGAGGGCCUCUACGAUAGCGACGACGACCUUGACGGGGAGGGGGGCGACGGCUCUAACGACGACUAUUACGACGAAGACGAAGACGAUGACGACGACUCCUUCGGGGCUGAUUCCUUCGACGACGGUUACAGCGACGCUCGCGCCAGCAGCGGCCGCCGCCCGCCACCGCCCGUCAGGAGGGGCGAGGGAGGGCAGCGGAGGGGAGGGGGGCCGUCCCGAGGCGGGCGCGGGCGCGGGAGGAGGGGCCCGCCGCCGCCGGCGCGGAUGGAGCGGCUGAAGGCGAAGCUGGCGGACGCCCAGGUGGGGCUCAAGACCAAGAUGACGGGCGUGACCCACAAGGGGGCGAAGGUCAUGCGCGAGCUCAAGGGGAGUAUCUCCUCCGACCUCGAGAAGACCCUGAUCAAGGCCACCAGGCCCGACAACGACCCGGCGAAGCGUAAGCACGUGAACCUCCUCCUGCAGGCCGCCGAGCACGCCUUCCCCGUCUACAUGAACCCCAAGGACGGCGGCCAGGCGGCUUGGAAGGAAGGCCCCUACUGGAUGACCCUGCACAAGCUCUGGAGGAGGAUGGCCGAGAGGGACUACCGCACCGCCUCCAAGGCCGUCUACGUGCUGCACCGCCUCGCCAGGGGGACCACCGCCGAGAGCUGGGGCUACUUCCGGUCGACGCUGCAGGAGAUGCGCCGCGACGAGGACAAGGGCACCAAGAGCCGCUACUUCAGCCGCAGAGUCAUCAGCAACGUAGACGAUGACGGGCGGCCCUUCUCGGAGUGGCUGGACGCCUAUGCGGAGUUCGUGCUGCUGCGGCUGCAGUCGUUCUCGCCUGAGCUGGGCGAGCUAGCGGCCAUCGAUGCGGAGACGCCACACGAGAAGGCUUCCCGGUCCUUGGAGAAGGCGGCUAAGCUGAUCGAAGCGGCCCUUGCGUGCGAGAUCGGGCCGGAUCUAGACAACGACGUAACCUGCGACGGCCUCAAGCUGGUGAUCGAGGACCUGUGCGAGGUGUGGUCGCUGUUCCAGCAGAAGCUAGAGAUACGCCUGCAGCAGCGCUUUACGGGGGGCGGCUUCUCGAGCGGAGAGCUUCGCCGCACGCUGAGCUUCUUGGAGUUCUACCUCGAACAGCUCUCUGCGGCGCAGGGCCUGGUGCAGGAGUCCCACCGCCUCCUUGCCCUGUACAGCCACGCGGUGCCGAAGGGGCUUGGGGACGACCUCGCGACGGAGAUGCUGCAGGAGCAGGUCGCGUGGAUACAGGAGGAACUCACCGACGAAGAAGAGGAAGAUCGGCGGAGCACCGGCCGCCACGGCACGGAAGCCUCAGGCGGCAGCAAAGGCGGCGGCGGCGGCGGCACCCGCUGCGGCAGCAGCACCUACGGCGGCAUCGAAGUCCCCGGCGGCGCCUGGCCCGAAGAGAGUGGCGAGCAAGAAGCCGGCAGCCGGUGGUGUUGGCGGCGGUGGCACCGAGGGGAGCGUCGCGGCAAAGCGUAAGGCUAGUGGCGGCGGCGGCGGCAGCGGCGGCGCAGCCGGCAGCAAGAAGAAGUUUCGACAUCCGUUCCCGCACGUCAUGAUCGUGAGUGAUCCGUAGACUGAUCGAGACAAUUUCUGUGGCCCAAGUCAAAGCCACAGAAAUUACGGCUUCGCCUCUUUGUCUCCCCGGCUUGCCGUGGCUGUGGUAACGCUUUGUGCGGAUCGGCUCUUCCUGCACUUCGAACAUCCGCACGGGUCCUACACUUCAAGUGCGCCUGGCAUCCACAACGUUUGCAGAUAAUAAUUUAGCGCUGCUGUGUCUCUGUUUGACGUCGCCUUUCUAUGGAGCUUGUUGGAAUCCUGUGUUCUGCAUUUAUUUUUGGAACGCGCGUGUUGGGGGGGGGGGAGAGUUGAUUUUUGUGCCGAAACCGGUGUGAUACGGUGCCAUCCUGAUGUUAGUGCGAGUGAAGAAGUUUGAUGGGUUGGAAGACUUUUCCCCGCAAUGGAUGAAAGCUUGGUGUCUGUGGUGUCUAUUUCCUCCGAGUCUUCCAAGAUGCGGGGUAGAUGACGAAACACGCGGGGCGCUUGCAAGAAGGA